AUGGACCUACUCUAAACAGGAGACCCAUGGCCUUUUCACCUGGAGGAAGUCCAACAGACAACAAGCAGACCUUAAAUUUGCAAUAUAAUAAUCCUUCACGUCUGCAUGCAAACAACAGUCCAGAGUCUAGUUUGCCCUCACAGAUGAGUGGUCUCCAUAUCACAACUCUGCAAAGUGCUGAUCCUCUAAGGUCUCUACCAAGGAACAAAAAUGGAAUUGACACAGACUCCGAUGUGUACAAAAUGCUACAAGAUCAUGAAAGGCCUGUUUCAGAACCUAAGCAAUCAGGAUCUUUCCGGUAUCUGCAGGGCAUGUUGGAAGCCGGAGAGAAUGGUGAAAAGUACGACAAAGUGACCAGUCCAAGACACAUUAAAUCUCCAGUCCCUAAACUGGGUGGAGCCAUGUCUGGCUUGCAGGUGCUCCCUGAGUGUACCAGAUGUGGUAACGGCAUUGUUGGCACAAUAGUGAAAGCCCGUGACAAGCUCUACCAUCCAGAAUGUUUCAUGUGUGACGACUGUGGCCUCAACCUGAAGCAAAGGGGCUAUUUCUUCAUUGAGGAACAACUAUACUGUGAGACACAUGCCAAGGAAAGGGUUAAACCACCAGAAGGAUACGACGUGGUAGCUGUUUAUCCGAAUGCCAAAGUUGAACUUGUCUAAAUAGAUACUCUUAUUUCCCAGCCAGGGCGAAAGGGCUAGAAGAGAGUCAAAAGGGUUUAUUCUCAGUAAAAUACUUUUCAGAAAUCAAAUGAAUUACCCUUGGGACCUUAGAUGGGAUAGUACUGGUUGCAGAAAACCUUUGAAAAGAAUAAUUUCCUUCAUUUCUUACAAAACUUCGCUUUUUGGUUGCUGUGCUGUUGGU